GGGCCGGCGUGUGGGCCCAGCGGAGGCUGCCCGCAGGACUCGCUGAGGCGGCGGCCGGACCGAGGCGGGCAGUGCGGCGUCGGACUGCGAGCUGCCGCGAUGCCGCUGGAGCUGGAACUAUGUCCCGGGCGCUGGGUGGGCGGGCAGCACCCGUGCUUCAUCAUUGCCGAGAUCGGCCAGAACCACCAGGGCGACCUGGACGUGGCCAAGCGCAUGAUCCGCACCGCCAAGGAGUGUGGGGCUGAUUGCGCCAAGUUCCAGAAGAGUGAGCUGGAAUUCAAGUUCAAUCGGAAAGCCUUGGAGAGGCCAUACACUUCGAAGCAUUCCUGGGGGAAGACAUACGGGGAGCACAAACGGCACCUGGAGUUCAGCCACGACCAGUACAGGGAGCUGCAGAGAUACGCCGAGGAGGUGGGGAUCUUCUUCACUGCCUCUGGCAUGGACGAGAUGGCAGUUGAAUUUCUGCACGAACUGAAUGUUCCGUUUUUCAAAGUUGGAUCUGGGGACACCAACAAUUUUCCUUAUCUGGAAAAGACUGCCAAAAAAGGUGAGUGUCUAAUUUUUGAAUAUCAGAAGGUCUUUCCUGACAUUCCUGUAGGGUAUUCUGGGCAUGAAACGGGCAUAGCAAUAUCUGUGGCUGCAGUGGCUCUGGGAGCCAAGGUGUUGGAACGUCACAUAACUUUGGACAAGACCUGGAAAGGGAGCGACCACUCAGCCUCGCUGGAGCCUGGAGAACUGGCCGAGCUGGUGCGGUCAGUGCGCCUCGUGGAGAGGGCCAUGGGCUCCCCGACCAAGCAGCUGCUGCCCUGUGAGAUGGCCUGCAAUGAGAAGCUGGGCAAGUCUGUGGUGGCCAAAGUGAAAAUUCCGGAAGGCACCGUUCUAACGCUGGACAUGCUCACUGUGAAGGUGGGUGAGCCCAAAGGCUAUCCUCCCGAAGACAUCUUUAAUCUCGUGGGCAAGAAGGUCCUGGUCACUGUUGAAGAAGAUGACACCAUCAUGGAAGAAUCGGUAGAAAAUCAUGGCAAAAAAAUCAAGUCUUAAAUAAAGUGCCAUUCUCUGAA